AUGGCAUCCCUCGAUGUGAUGAGCUCGCCGUCUCUGGCGCAAACAAUCUUCAGCUUCCAGCGCGGCAAGUCGCUUCGCAUUCUCAUUGGCGCUUUCCUGCAAAGCUGCGAGAAGCUCGAGAAGCGGGGCUUUGAAUACAAGCGGCUCGGCUGCACCGACGUCCUGCACCAGUUCAACGGCAACCUCCGCAUCGUCGAGUACAUGCUCGCGUACAAGCAUCCGACGGUGUCGCCGGCGGCCAUCGACUGCGCCUUCAUCAGCGGCCACAUCGACAUUGUUUGCGCGCUUCUGGCGGCCCGCAACACCGUGCGCCAGCUUUGCCGACCAAGCGACGCGACUAAGCCGAACGACACGCUCGUCGCGCAGGUGCUGCGCCACAACAGCGAGCUGCUGCUCGAGCUCUUCGCCGCGUACACGGACGUGCAGUGGGACGGCGAAGCGCUGCGGGUCGCGCUCUCGUCUGAAAAAGUUACCUGCGUCGAGUACACUCACGGCAGUCGACACGCAGAAGGUCUCCCCUGCUUUGAUUUUGUGUACGCCCAGUGCCGCGACCGACCGGGCGCACUCGACACACUCCUCGACGACGCUGCUCGCCUCUCGCCGCUCUACAUCGUCCAGCGCUUGCACGAGGACGGAUUAGCGUGCACGAGCUUCGCCAUGGACGCCGCAGCGCGUCGCGGCCACUUGGACAUGGUUCGUUUUUUGCAUUUGCACCGCACCGAGGGGUGCACCGUCGCUGCAAUGGACACUGCCGCCGCGCGUGGCGACCUUGCAAUCGUGCGCUUCUUGCACGAGCAUCGCACAGAGGGCUGCUCGACCAAGGCGCUCGGAGGCGCCGUCGCCAACGACCACAAAGACAUCGUGUGCUUCCUCCUCGAUAACCGUGGUGAAGCGUGCUCGCCCCGGGCACUCGACAUUGCAUUGACCAACUGUCGCUUCGAGAUGGCCGAGUACCUUCUCCAGCGCUGUCCGCACCUGACGUACGCGGACCACGGCUGGCACAUGACACUGCUGCAUGGCCCCCUCGACCUCAUCAUUGCGCUGGCCAUACGCCAACCCUUGCGCCCGGCACCGUACACGCUAAACAAGCUUUUUGCCGCCCAACGACCGGAAGUGGUAGCUGUUCUUGUCAACCACGGUCUCAUCACGUGGACGUUUGACGAGGUCUAUGCCGCAGUCGCUGAUGAACCCGGGACACUGGAGCUUGUGGCCACCUACCCGCGCACUCGCGAUCUCGUUGUCGCGGCAGCGCUGGCAAAAGGGCUCCUCCCGUUGGCCCAAGAGCUUCUGGCGCUGGGCUUUCCUCUGUGCGUGUCCCUCGACACACCCAUGAUGGCGUGCCUUGGGUCGGACGCGGGGCUGCCGACGAUGGAACUUCUCGUUGCGCACGGUGUGCCGCUGCAGGCGUCGUGGCUGGACCGGGCCGCUGGCGAAAACCUGGCGCUUGUUGAGUACACCCAUACGCACAGCAACGGCGCAUGCUCGGUGAUGGCACUCGACUCAGCGGUAGCGAGAGGCCUUGACGACGUCGCCCGCUUCUUGAUGGCCCAUCGCACUGAGGGGUGCUCGAUGAGCGCGGUUCGGAGCUGCAUCACUCGCGACGACGACGUGCUGCUUUACGAGCUCUGCGCGACGUACCCGAACGUGUGCGACGAGAGGGCGCUCAUGGCGGCCAUCACCGAGACGCCGCAGCAGAAGCUUCAAGCCAAAUACGUGCGCUGGUGGUGCCAACGACGAGGCCAAAGCGACCGCGACGCGUUCGUUGCUGCGCUCGACUUGGGUCUAAACAGCUGGGCCUUUCAGAGCCUCUUGGCGUCGUGCUUGUCGUCAAACGACCCCCGUGACAACCUCGUCUUCCUAAGCAGCAUUACGGAUGCAGUGCUCCAGCGUGGGUUGGGGCCCCGUAGCUGGCACUUGCGACGCGCGCUCGAAGCGCAGGCCUUGUCGAGUACCGUACGCACCGACGCAGCGGCUAAGGCAUUGUUCGAAGCGAACGAGCUAACGGCGUGGGCCCACUACGUGCUUGACGCAACGUGUUAGUCAGUCGUAGUUUCUUUAUGGUUUUCUAGCUGAUAUUUGAAUUUCAGUUGAUUUUUGCCCGCGG